AUGCAUAGAAGUUGGGUUGGGUAUGGUUCGGAUCGUAAUGGUGGAAAAUAUGUGGAAAAUGGAUGGCAAAAUUUAUGGCAAUCAAGACAGAGUGAUGGGAAUUUUGAUUGGGAUAAGAAAGGAAUCUCAGAUGAUAAUUGGGAUACAUUUAGUAAGCAUAAAUGGUCCUGGGGUAAUGGUGGUAGUCAUGGAUGGGGUAAAUGGAGUAAUGAUUUUGCAAAAAAUGAUCAAAGCGGUGAUUGGAGCGAUAGUGUUAUUCAACGACCGGAAUUUUACACCUCUUGGGGUAACACCAAUACGGAUAGCUGGAAAAACAGCGGAGGUGGUGAAAAAUGGAGUAAAUGGGAAGCGGAUGAUCAGGGAUCAGAUGGCGGAAAUCGCGAAUAUACUGGCUGGAGAAAUUGGAAGAGUAAUUCAGGUGGUAGAAAUUGGAAGAGUUGGAAGAAUGGUCCAGAUGAUGAAAAUUUGAAUAGCUGGAAGAAUGAUCAUAGCGGUGAAAAUAGGAAAAGUUGGAAGGGUGCUAAUAAAAUAAUAAGUGCUCAAGCAAGAGCAAUUGCAACCGCUUCUAUUGAUCCAUAA